AUGAUAGAUGAUAUGCUCGGGACAUUGAGAGAGACAAUAGUUAACGUUCAAAAUGAGAUAACGUCAGGGGUUGAACGACUCCGGUUCAACGUGGCGCCAUCGCUAGCAGGACAACAAAAGUCUGUUAGCGAAGCGGUGGACGAGAUCGUAAAAACAUCUGCCGGUAGUGAUAUGCUGUUGAAAUUUCAACUAUCACUGGAUCAAAUGAGUAUAGUCGCCGAUGAAGGAGUGCGUCUAGCCAAUCUCUGUAGCACUCGAAUGGGCCGGGCACAACAGAUGUGUAAAGAACGUGCGGAUGCGGUCAUGGCUAUUGACUCGUUCCUGAGGAAUUCUUCAGAUAUGGAGAAAAAAAUCCGAGAUCUCAACAGACAGGUCGAUAAACUUGUGCGUUUUUGCAACCAGACUGAACAAGCUAUGACCUAUCUUGAAGCGCUCAAUCAAAUCGUCAGAACCGAAGAAGAGGUGGAUUUAAUCCGACAACAAGCUCGUUCUGCAGCUACUAUUAUCAACAUGGAUCCCAGCCCGGCUCUAGUUCUGAACACAUCAAUUCGUCCUGCUGAUGAAGAUCGAGAACGACAAGAAGAAGUUAUGCUGGAAGAAUUCCUUUCGGGAAAGAAACCAGCUUCCAUGGAGUGA